AUGGCCGCUCCAGGCACGCCCCUUGAGCUGCUGGAGUGCAUAGCGUCGCCAGAGUGGGCGGUGGCGGUUGCGGGCGUCACCACGGGGCACCUAGAGGGCGCCCUGGCCCGGACCGACCUCUGGCAGGAGCUCCAGCUGCUCGGAAAGCUGCUGUAUAAGAACUCCCACCAGCACCGCGGCGCGCAGCACUUCCAGCGCCUCCAGGAGAUCCGCCGCCUGCUGAGUCUGCUGAAGGGCAUGCAGCUGGAGCGGCGCGCCGCUGCCUUCCACGCCGCCUUCCAGGCCGCCAGGCAGCGCGGCAAGCUGCCCACUGGCAGCGUGCUGAUGGCAUAUGGGGCCGACCAGCGGCGCGUGCCCAGCCACGGCGCGGCGACGUCGCUGCUGCGUGCGCUGCGUGCGGCCUGCCAGCUGGUGGAGCAGCUGGCGCCAGCGGUGCACCGCGCCUCGCUGCACCUGCUCGCCCAGCUGGCCCACUCCUUCUUCAUGCCCCUCUGCCUCACCAGCCUGGCAUGCGUGGCACGCAUCCAGGUGCUGACGGGGCAGCUGCUGCUGGAUGCUGUCAUGGCUUACAAUGCGCUUGCAGAGGCGGCGGCGCUGCUACCCAUGGGCCCAGCAGCAGCAGGAGGAGCAGCAGCAGGAGCAGCAGCAGCAGCAGCAGACGGAGCCGCAGCUGGCGCCUGCGCUGCACCACCAGCAUGGCUGGAAGAGCAGCCGCUGCCGCAGCUGCUGCGAGCGCAGUGGCGCGGCGGCCUGCCGCAGCUGGAGGCGGUGCCAUGCCCCGAGGGGGAGAGCUUGGCGGCCCAGGCGGCGGCAGCUUGCAUCCGGUAUGGUCUUCACCUGGCGCAGCCAGAGACGGCGACGGUGGAGGACGCUGCACCAUUGCGGCAGCAGCAGGGAAGGAGGGGCCGUGGCGGCAAGCCGCCUGCGCCGGCACUGGCGGUGGUGGAGGACCGAGGUGUGCCCAUCUGCCGGGACACCUUUGCCGUGGCGGCGGCGGCAGCUGGCGUGGCAGGCGAUGCAGCAGAGGUUGAGGCAAGCUUGGGAGCAGAGGAGGCGGAUGCAACAGAGCCUGCUGUUGCCGCCCCGGGGCUGCUGCUGGGUGUGGUGGAGGAAAGCAUGCCAGAGGAGGAUGCCUCUGGUGUGGUGGCCUCUUUGAUGGAGGGGGAGGCCAGGGGUCACCUGUACCACCGUGCGGCAGCGGGCCUGGGCCUGGGGCAGGCCAAGCGCCAGCGGCAGCAGCAAGGCGAGCCACCCAGCAAACCGGUGACAAGCGCGGCAGCAGCGCCAGCGCCAGCCGCAGCAGCUGCUGCGACUGCACCCGUUGCUGCUGCACCGCUGGCGCUGGCAGGCACAGUGCGCAAGCGCAAGAAGCCAGCUGCAGCUGCAGCGGCAAGGGUGGCAGAGCAGCAGCAGCAGCAGCAGGCGCCCAAGAGCUGGGAGGACUGGCUGGCGCCGCUCGGGAGCGCUGAACCUGCCGCUGGAGCAGCUGGCCCCGCUGCCGCUCCCAAGCAGCAGGACCGAGGGCAGGGCCAGGGGAAGCAGCAGCGGGGGAAGCGGCGAAGGUGA